CGUGACCCGGUUGGAAACCAGGAAGUGCUCGUAGAACAAGCUCGCCCAGCUAGCUAGUUGGAGUGAGAGAGGCUUCGGUUCGGUUAAAACACAGCACACAACAUGGGGCUGUUCGGCAGGACACCGGAUAAACCCCCCAAAGAGCUUAUUACCGAGUGGUCUCAGAAAAUUAGAAAGGAGAUGAGAGUGAUUGACAGACAAAUUCGAGAUAUUCAAAGAGAGGAGGAAAAAGUUAAACGAUCCAUCAAAGAUGCUGCCAAAAAGGGACAGAAAGAUGUUUGCGUGAUCCUCGCAAAGGAAAUGAUUCAGUCCAAACGGGCCGUCACAAAACUGUACGCAUCCAAAGCUCAAAUGAACUCGGUGCUUAUGAGCAUGAAGAAUCAACUGGCUUUGGUUCGUGUGGCUGGCGCCCUGCAGAAGAGCACAGACGUCAUGAAAGCCAUGCAGAGUCUAAUCAAAGUCCCAGAGAUCCAGGCCACAAUGAGGGAGCUUUCAAAGGAGAUGAUGAAGGCCGGAAUCAUCGAGGAAAUGCUGGAGGACACGUUUGAGAGCAUGGAAGACGGCGAGGAGAUGGAGGAAGCAGCAGAGGAGGAAGUUGACAAGAUCCUCUUUGAGAUUACAGCAGGGGCUCUGGGCAAAGCUCCAAGCAAAGUCACAGACGCCCUUCCAGAUCUGCAGCCUGCUGGAGCAGCCGCCGCCUCGGACGAAGAGUCGGAGGAGGACAUUGAAGCCAUGCAGUCCAGACUGGCAGCUCUGAGGAGCUAGAGGACACUGCAGGUGUUGGAGUCAGUUUGCACGGGGACAGAAAUAAUUCUUCACAGCGCUGAGCAUCGUCUGCUUCAUGCUCUAGUUUUACGUUGUCAUCUGGGUUAACAUUGUGCUGCGACUGUUAAAAGUUCUGUUGUUUAUUUUGAAUGCUGCCUAAUAAAAAGGGCGGCGUUUUUCUGUUAUUUGCGGUGACUCUAGCUACUGUAUGUCUUUAUUCUCCAAAGUCAAUCAGAAGGUUUAUGGGGUGUAUAUAAUGUAAGUAUGAACAGCCCUCUGUGCCUACAAUGGUUAUUCUCUCUUGUUCUCUAAAGUACACGAGUACUGAAACACUCUCAUACUUUACAAAGUGACCAGCUGUGGAUCAUCAUCUUGAGCAGAAGUUUUAUUCUCUUAGGAUACGUUCUGUGAGGAUAACAUCCGUUCAGCCUACCAGGGAUUAAUCAGCCUGCAAUAUCUGAAACACUAGAGGUGAUGGGCAGAUCUUUCUUUUACCCGUUUAAUUUGGUGUAUAUUCACGAAUAUAUCUGUUCUUUAUGUGGUCAUAAGUGUUGCGUAUGCUCACAAUAAAAUGCUACUUUUACCCAUGUUUCGCAAUAAGCUUCAGCUCGUUCAGCGCUUGACUUUGAGUCACGCUUGAUUUUUUUUCUCCAACAGAAGAUUCGCAGGAAGUAGAGUAAGUGGUUGCUGCAGAACAUAUGUAUCGUUAAGUAUUGUGUGUACAUUUUUUUUCUAUGUGGACGGGCGACGACAAAUAACCAAUAAACCUUUUAAGAAGAAAA